GGUACCAGUACCAGCUUGAACCAACGGAACCGAAGGAACCGCACGGGAGCGCAAAAACAAAAGCACGCGCCUGCAGCACCCCCCGCAAAGAAGAUGAUGACCGAAGGGAUCACGGUCUACCUGCGCAUGCGCCCCACAACACAACCUAGUGAAGACUAUGACGUCGGCGCGGACGGCCGGUCGUUGAUGAUUCGGGACGUCGCAGCCAAGGCUGCCGGUAGGGACUCCCAGCGGGCUUUCAAGUUCGAUCAAGUAUUACCGAUGGACAUCACGCAAGCCCAAGUGUUCGAGCGCGUGGGCAAGCGCGUGGUACAAAAUGCUUUAGACGGCUAUAAUAGCACCGUCUUUGCCUACGGCCAAACUGGAAGUGGAAAAACAUUCACGAUUACUGGUGGUUCGGAGAGGUAUGAAGAUCGCGGGAUCAUUCCCCGAGCUCUCAGUAUGAUCUUCCAGGAGUUCCGAUCAAGGUCGGACUGCUCCUGGUCCGCGCACAUCAGCUACAUGGAGAUCUACAACGAGCAGGGUUUUGACUUAUUGAACGAAUCUUCAGGAGUGAAGGCGCUCCAGGACCUCCCUCGAGUUCGCAUGAUGGAGGACGAGCGCGAUGCGGCGCGGUUUCUUUCCGUUUCCGAACUCUAAGACGCGUCGAGGGCGUCGACGGGACGACGAGGCCACCGUGACGCCGUCGACACGACAGCGAGAGAGUGAUUUCGUCGUUGUGACAGCGAGACGCGACCGCGUGAUGCGCGCAGGCACGGCAAUUUUCAUUUGAGGAACCUGUCCAUGCACCGCGCCACCUCCGAGGAGGAGGCCCUCAACUUGCUGUUUCUAGGAGACACGAACCGGGCCAUCAGCGAAACGGCGAUGAACCAAGCGUCUUCUCGCUCCCAUUGUUUAUUCACGGUCUUCCUGGAAUGCAGAGGGGCCGGCGGUUCCGACAAAGUCCGUAGAUCAAAAUUGCACUUGGUGGACCUAGCGGGAUCCGAGCGAGUACAUAAAACUAAAAGCGAUGGGAUCACCCUAAACGAAGCAAAAUAUAUAAACACCUCAUUGUUUUAUUUGGAGAUGGUGAUUGUUGCCUUGAACGAAAGAAAUGAGAAUGCGCGGGACCACAUUCCUUAUAGAAACUCGAUGAUGACAUCCGUGCUCCGCGACUCUCUGGGAGGUAAUUGCCGCACCGUCAUGGUCGCGACCUGCUCCGCCGAGAAGGCCCAAACGGAAGAAUCGAUCAGCACAUGUCGCUUCGCGCAGCGCGUCGCGCUGGUCAAGAACGAUGCUGUUCUUAAUGAAGAAACAGAUCCGUCUGUCACGAUUGCCCGACUCAAGGCUGAAGUCGCUUCUCUGAGAGCGCGACUCGAGGGGCAGGGCAGGGGCGACGAGCUGGCCGAUGGCCGGGACCCGGACCACCGCCUCGCGGCGGCGCUAGGUCGGAUUCGAUUACAGGAGGCGGCUCUCGCGGACGUCCGCGCAACGACGUCGCGAUUCUUUGGGUUUGAAAUCGAGGAGGAGGAAAUGCGCGCGCGCAUGGCGGCCGCGCUGGAGCCCAUAAUCCGUGCGGAGCCGCUCGCUAUGACAGGACUUGACGAGGAUCCAGCGCAGCGACAAUACAACGUCGUCGGCGGCGGCGGUGUCGGCGUCGGCGCCGGCGAGCGCGGCGCCACGCGCCGCGACGGCGGGCGCCCCGGACGGGAGCCGCGCGGCGGCGGCGGCGUCAAUGGCGGCGAGCGUGGCGCCGCGCGCGGCGACGGACGGGAGGUCGAGGCCCGGCUGGUCAGUGACCGCAGCAGUGAGCGCGUCUGCGAACCACCGGCGGUCUCACCGGACUCAACGGGCACGCGCGAGAACCGCCUCCGGCGUCAGCUCGAGGCCGCGCGGUCGCGGAUGCGAAAGCACGAGCAGAUGCGGGACUGGCUCCUCCGCAGACGGCGCGAAGAAGAGGCGGCGGCUUUGGCCGAAGAAGAGGCGGCACGCAGAGCCCGUAUGCGUGAGGAGGAGCGCGAUGCGCGGGAUCGCCGCCGGCGGGCGGCGCAAAAACGAAAAAUGAGCGAGGAGUACUACGUUUUGAAAUCGACCAGAGCAACGGAGACAACGGACAUCCGAUCCUUCUGAGCCGGUAAACAGAAGACCACCAGGUUGCGCGACCAACCGACGCAGUCGUGGGUCGGCGAAGAGCUCGUCUUUAAAUUCGAAUACGCCGCCCCUGGUCCGCGCCCCAGUGCACGAUCGGCAGCAUGGCAUAGGUAUCCCGGCUGUGUGCGGGUCUGGGAUGGCCGUCGCGCGAUCGCGUCCGCCGAAAAGCAUCUUCGCCUGCUGGACGAGAUGCGCCGAAAGGGACGCUCGCCCAGUGGUGCUAUGUGUUUUAUGUUAACAAGCAAGUUUACAGUAUGGUCCGAGCACCGCGCAGUGUGAGAAGAUAAGUCUACUGUUUUAUCAA